AUGACUGUAGACGCCUUCAGUAGUACUUAUAGUGCAGAAGUUGGAGCAAGGAAAAAACUAAUUGUCAUACGAGGAAAAACUAGUGCUCGCCAAAAGCUUUCUGUGCUCUUCGCUAACUCCAGCAAGUUCAAUGGGCUUGCCUUGACAUCUUAUUUGGCAGUCCAGCCAGCUCUAAAGCACAAAGCAUCUAAAAUGAAGAUGGUUGCGAGCAAAAUUAUAUUAAGAACAAAAGCUAUAUAUGCUGGUGGAAAACAUGUUGAGGAUACCUCAAGUAAGCAUUGUCUUUUUGUCUCUGUGUGGUUGCUGCCACUGAGAGUCUCUAAACCUUCCAAGGAUGAAGAGAUGAAAUUCUUUUUUAUACCUAUUCCUGCUGGUCAUGUGUAUGCCAUUAAUGAGGCAUUAUCAGCAGAGGGUGCAGCAGAUGAUUAUGAAACUUGUCUAAAGCACUUAGUGAUCGUUUGCAAUAUUGUAGACAUCUCUAAAGAGAGUGGAUUUCCAAAAUUUGAUGUGAUGCUACUGGGUAUGGGUCCAGAUGGACAUGUAGCAUCCUUGUUUCCUGGGCAUCCUCUUGUCCAUGAGAAAGAAAAGUGGGUCACCUUCAUCAAGGACUCUCCAAAACCUCCAUCAGACAGGAUUACAUUUACAUUUCCUGUAAUAAACUCGUCUGCAAAUAUCGCACUUGUAGUAGCAGGUGCUGGGAAAGCAGAUGUAGUGCAUAAAUCGCUAGGUGAUAGUGACGGUUCUGAUUUGCUGCCUGUGCAGAUGGUUUCACCUGAAGGAGAAUUGGUUUGGUUUUUAGACGACGCUGCAGCUUCAAAGCUGUAGGGACGAUGAAAUAUGUGAGUUGUGAAUUAGUGCUUCACUGCAGUGUGUAUCUUGUAAUUUUCAAUACAUUCUCGAGUAGGGAUGUUUUUCCCAGUAUUGCCAGUAGAAUGUUGAGGCUUCAUAUGCCAUAAUCCAAUUUCUGUCAGUUUUUUCUGCGGUUGUUUCUGUAAUGUAUCUUUGGCUACCAGGAAGUCGGUAAUAAUAGUACAGUUUGUGCUGUCUACUGUCUUUUCAUCUACCUGUUAGGCAUAUGGCUAGAUUCUUUUGUGUCAUGAACAGGGUGUGAAAUGCCAACAUCCA